AUGUACGCGAGAUGCGCUAAUGCGCGUGUGCUGCAGCUCGACAAAGCCCAGGUUUGGCACUCCGACGUGUCCAGGAAAGGUGGCGGCCACAAGACCCCGACCCCCACCCUUCCGCUGCCGCUGCCGCCGUUUACCGACGCGAGCCUGCGGCUUGACCUCCUCCGAAGUACUCUGGCGCAUUCAAGUCCGUUGCUAGCCUGUGAUCUUUCCAUCAGCUUAUCGCAGAAGGCUGUUGUUCGUUUGCGAUACAUCAUCAAUCAUGGCAACCAAACUGCUUCCGAUCCCCGGUGUAGAGUCACCUUCGACCCAGAGAUGCUGUUAGCCUCGCCUGCUUUCUCGCGUCCUAAGCGCCAGGGUUUGAUACGGUCCUGUACGAACGUUGACGCUAGACCGCAGCAGGACGGUGAAGGACAGAGCAACGAUCUGCUUGCCAGCUCCACCAGAUCAACUUCACGGCUAUAA